ACGUGACAUGCGUCAAAAGUCGACAAGUCACCAUCAACUUCGCGGAUUUUAUUGAUUACUUCAUCGAUUAUUGAUCACCCUGUGAUCCGUUGGUCCUUUUAGUCACCCGAGCCAUGUUGCUCGUCACAGAUACCGUUAUCGCCUCUUGACGGCCGGGCAGCGGAAGUGAGAGAAGUGGGGAAGUUGUUCAUGGAUGCUGAGUAACUGAAGAGCAACCUGAAGACUGAUCUGCCUUCUCUCAAGUUCAAGUUCGGGGCCACUUGGUAGUCCCCGCAGGACAUGGACACCCACGUUAAGGAGGGACAACUUUACGUGCAGCAUCAAAAGUUUGGCAAGAAAUGGAAGAAGAACUGGUUCGUCCUCUUCCCAGCCAGCCAAAAUGGCAUCGCCCGCCUUGAAUUCUUCGACUCGCACGGGUCAGGAGGAGCAGCCGUCGCUUCAGGCAGCAGCUCCAAUGAGAAGACCAAAAAGCUGGACAAGAAGAUCAUCCGCUUGUCGGAGUGCAUCUCCAUCUUGCCGGCACUGACAGAGAGCUGUCCCAAAGACAACAUGGCAGCGUUCUGUGUGGAAACCAACGACAAGACCCAUGUGUUCGCUGCCGAGAAGAACGCCGCCAAGGAGUGGAUGGAUACCAUGUGUGACAUUGCAUUUCAGGGUGGAAGUGGCAGCGGCAGUGUUUCUGGAGAAUCUGAUGGGGGAUCCCAGGACUUGAAAAUGUCAGAGAACCUUAUCUACUACUCCAGAGAGGAGGUAAACAAGUUCUGGGUGGGCAUCCAGCGGACCGAGGCUUCGGAUCGCUGCGGGCUGGCAGGUCACUACUGGCUUAAAGCCGAAAGCAAUGUCUUGAUCUUGAAAGAUCCCAAAACAAAAAGGAACGUCUUUGUCUGGCCGUACAAGCUGCUGAGGAGAUACGGGCGUGAUCGGGUGAUGUUUUCCUUCGAGGCCGGCCGGCGCUGUGACUCGGGCCCUGGUAACUUCACCUUCGACACCAAGCAAGGCAACGAGAUCUUCACCCUCGUAGACCAGGCCAUCAAGUCACAAAAAGCCCUGGCUGAGGAGUGUCCCCUGAGCUGUCCCAUCAACUUUGACUCGGAGUGUCCGCCAUCGCUGCAACACAUACGCAACACUGGCACCACUGCACCCGGCAGCGGAGACAGCAGCAGCUGUAGCAGCUGGGAGGCCGAUGGUGAUUCGGGCGGCAGCAAGCCGGGCUCUGCAGACGGUGUGCUCGAGAAUAGAGAGGGAGGAGAUGCAGCAGGAAAAGGGCAAGGAAGCAGUGGAGCUGAGAGACACAAAGGGAGGAGUUUACCAGAAUUGCCAGCCAUACUGGGGGUUGUGAGUGAAGGAAACACACCUCCACGGUCACCAAGAGGCCAGCGGGCGCUAAAGGGUUCUUCCUCUGCUGAUGAACAGGCCGCUCUUUAUUCAGAGCCGGCUGAUGCAGUCCGCCUGCCUUUGCACACUGCUGACAGUCUCUACUCAGACCCAGUGGACAGCAUCAAGAACCAGAACCCUCCGAGCAGCACAUCCACACAAGUGCCGGUCUCUCGACUGCGACCAGCGGGUGGUGAGUCCUGUGGAGGCGGGGCUCCAGCAGAGCACCACCACGUUGGGAGCAACCAAAGAAAAGCCCCCGACCUGUAUUCACAUGUGUAUGAUCACAUCAGCCUGGAGCUGAGCCACAAGACGAGCACAAUCGGUCUAAACGGGCCAACCAAUGCAGGGGGGCGUGGGAGAGGUGGAGGCAGAGGAGUGAACAGAAACGGCGGUCAAGCAGAGGUCGCAUCCCCUGUUCCAGCUCUGGAGCAUAUUUAUGAUGAGCCAGAGGGUUGUGCAGCACAUCGAGGGACAAGUGUUUACAACGAAGCCCGUCUGGAGCCUCAUGGUCAGAAGAGGCCAGAGGAAGUGGCGCCCCUGACAGGACCGGAGGGAAAUUACAGCACAGUCACCCACGGAGAGUUCCACAAACACUCCCCAACGAACCAAAGAGCGCAGAAUGCUCCGGUUGCAAGAUGGCCCAAACCUGUCACGGCCCCCAAACCCAGCUGGGGCACUUUUGGUCGUAAAGAGCCUGUACCGUUGCCUCGCGGGAAAAAUGGCGCAUCUGUCAGUAACUUAAACAACAACAACAACAUUUGGGAUAUAAGUGGAGAAGGGGACCAGGAGCUGUACAGCAAAGUAUCAAAACAGAAAGCUAUACCUUCUAAAUCCUGGUUGAACCAGCCCAAAGCGACACCGCUGAGGUCACCUGACAUUAUCUACGACAACUUGGGAGAUAUUUGAUAAUCGCAAGAAACUUGUCAAGCACAACAAGACAGCUUUACUUUUCAUAGCAUAUUUUUCAGGUGUGUCCACUGCGGACUCUAAACAAUUGAGAUCAAGUAUUUCUCAUAAGCUCUCGGCUAAAAGAGAGCCACCUCCUUUUUUGAGGUGGUUUCACAAAUUGAGGGAGUGAGUCUUUGUCUUUAAGAGACAUGCGAGAGAGUUUGGAUUCUGGAACCAGCUGAGUUCUGUUUUUACAAAAUGUCUGUCGCCCAUACGAAAUGACAGCACCGCUGCAUUUUUGUCUUGGUGAAAUCUGAGACCAUUCUGGACAGCCAGAAUUUAUUUGAAAGGUUCAGAAGGAUCUAUAAGAACUAGUAUUUCCUGCACCGAUUCUUCUCUUUCCUUGCCAGCAGUGCAGAGAGAUUUAAAUGGGCUCUAGUACGGGAGCUGUUUCACCCUAAGGCUCCACGUGGUGGAAAAACAUACUGUUAUGCUUUUGCAGGAAGCAUGCGAUAGGAACCCAAUCCCCUAUUUGGCUCAAGGAAACAGACAAAACGGGGUCACGUGACUUUAACUGCAGAGGAAGGUUGACAGAAACUACUUCAAUCUCUCGUUGUUCAUCUAAAUAAGAAACCCUGCAAUUAGCUGAAAAUGUGUAAAGGUGCAUCUCAAUAAAUUAUAAUAUCUUUGAAAAGUUAAUCUAUUUCAGUAGUUCAAUUGAAAAAGUGAAACUAUUAUAUUCUAUGGACUCACUAAACAAGAUGUGUCCAAACUAUUUCAAAAUACUACAACAUUUGUGAGAAAGUCAAAACAAAUAGGGCUGUCAAUAAUACUGAGUUAACGCAUGUGAUUAAUCACAAAAAAUACUGCAUUAAACAUGUAUACACGCAGAUUAAUCACACAAUGUAUUGUGACUGUUCAUGCUCUUUUACCUUAACCACGGAUGGUUACCUGAAAGGCGGCGCAAGUUGCUAUUUGGUCAGUGAUCAGGCCAAUGCAUACGUUAGUGCAACAAUGAGUGAGGAGACUGACUGGUGUGCUGCUGGCAAAUUUCACUAAAACUGUUACCAGGUUUUGAGCAAAUAAAUGAUGUGCAUUCAAGUAAACCAUUUACAAUUUUUCCUGGAUGACAUUAUGACAAUAAAACUGCAUAUGUCCAAAUUUUGAGUAUUUCUUUAAGUCAAUUUAAGUUAUACAAUCUAGUAAUAACCUGUGAUUAAUCACGAUCAAUCCAAAUUUAAAAGUGUGAUUAAUUGGAUUUAAA